UGGAUUUUUAUGUGUGCGCCUCAAAGAGCCAUCAGACCACCACAGAUGGGGCCCAGUAGGGCUGAUGCCUGAUCCAGAGCUGCGGACUACCUAGCGGGUUUACCGGGGCUCCGGCUCGAAAAGCAGGAGAAGGAACAGGGUGGUUUUUAGUCAGUAAGAGUCUGACACUCCCUCUCGCCUCGCCCAAGGUGGGAGAAGAAAUUGGAUGAUUUUCUCCACUCAAAAAAAAGCCACUCCCUGACACUCCUUCUGAAGUGAAGUGAACCAGUUUGUUUUAUUUUGUUAUCUGACUCAAGUUAAAUUUGAAGCUUAAAUAUCGAUAUUCUUAUUACUACCUUGUAGUACUUCAUCGAUGUUUUGGCAAAGAAUUCAAAUUAUUCCCUAUCAUGUUAUACCUUAUCAGAAAGCUGAAGAAUUGUAGAUAUUUUAACGCACAUUUGCAGAACAGUUGUCAUAGACUUUUUUUUAAAUAUCUUACAAAGAAAAACAACUUAUCACAAAUUUAUUUACUUUUUUUAACAUUGGAUCGUCUACUACGACUCAGUUGGUACAGUUAUUUACAGUUUUAGUUUUCUAAAUAAUAAAGCAACUAAUCUACUACACAAAAAAGCAAAAACAAAACAAAAUUUAGCCACCAAAGACAAAACAAGGGAGAAAUAGCCAAAAGAAUGGGAAAUUUUAUCAAAAAAGUUAAAAUGCCGAUAAUUUGAAAACGGUUAAGUUUGGGAUAUGGGGUCCCAUGGUCAAAUCAGUCAGGAAUGAUGUAAACUAUCACGUCUUAAAGGAUUUAGGUCGACUUACCCUUUAACCCUGUAUAUAUACAAUGUGAUAGGUGUGGGACUUCUAACCCGUUAAGGCUGAGUACUACAUCUAAUUUUAUCGACAAAAAAGUAAUAUGGGGGUUUGAAACCCCAAUUGAAAAUAUUGAAAAAUAGUGAUUUUUUCGGCAAAGAUUAUUCAGAAAUAUUUUUUUCUCACCAAAACAUUAUCAAACAUAUGAAAAAAGUAAUGAAUUAGUUAGCCAAGGUUAUUAGCUACCGUUUGUCGUUUUUUUUUUUCUACGACACAUACAGCCUUUGAUAUUACAUAAAGUAAGAAAAAUAUUAAAAUAGCCAUAAUUUUAAGGGGGAGGGGAUUCGACCCCUUCGACCCCCGACUUUUGUUCAUAAAAUUAGAUGUAGUACUCAACCUUAACGGGUUAGAAGUCCAAACCCUAUCACAUUGUAUAUAUGUAUAUAUAUAUAUAUAGACUGUUGAUUUUUUCAUAGUUGUAUGUGGCUAGUUACUUGAAUAUAAUAAUAUACGUAUUUGAUAAUUCAAGUUAUAAGGCUUAUUUUUGACUUUUUGAAGAGAAGUUUAUUUUCUAAGUUUACUUGACUACAAUUGCAAUAAAAAUAUUGUAAUUUUUAACACAUUUUUAGUCUCAAUACCUGUAUGAUUACAUUUUUUAUUUACUGUAGCUGAUUAUUUUUCUGAUGACGUGAUAUCUUGAAACAUAAUUUUCAGAAUAAACUACUUGAUUAGUUUUACGGAAAGUCAUCUGAUUUUGUUCUAGAUACAUUUCUGUUACUAUAUAAUAGGUAUUGAUUUUUUUCUUAUAUCUUAAAAAUACUCAUAUGAUUAAUAAUAAAUAAACGCCUAAUACAAUGUUUUUCAGUCAUCGGUAUUUUUUCCCAUCCCUAUUAUUUAUUAAACCGUAUCGUAAUACGGUUUAUAACUUAUAACGGGGUUCAUGAACGAAUUAAUGAUGUCAUACAGUACUGGAUGAUUCGGUUUGGUUGAAUCGGUUUGUAAUUCGGUUUGAGCAAAAUUAUGAUUCGGUUUAACCGAUUUGAAAAAAUUACGGUUUGACCCAUCUCUGGUGCAGGGAGGUUGAUCAACAAUUGAUUACAGAAUUAGUGCUAAAUUCUGAAACCAUCUUGUUAUUACGAGUGAAAAUUCACAGCGUUAUAUUAGUACUAAAAUGUAUUUUGUAUAUAUUUUAGUUGACUCAUCACAAGUAGGUCGACAAGCAAUUGUCGAAUUUUGAAAUUGCAUCGUUGGGCGCAGAACUAUCGGUUGCUGCACCCAUGUUAUGACCAUUAUUUGGUACCUAAGUUAUGCGAGGUACCAAAACAAUGUCAACCCCCCUGCACAGUUUUUAGACACUAUUUUAAUUCGUAAUUUAGACGAAGAACAAUAAAUAUGAAAUUAAAAUCCGUGUUUUAUUUCUUAUUCAAAUAUAAAUAUUGUAGGACUGUAGGUUUAAAAAAAAUCUAAGCAUAAUAAGCUAAGAAUCGUCAUCAGCCUUUUAAUGUUCCCACUGCUGGGACACAGACCUCCUCUCUAGGAGAGGGAUGGGCCGUAACCCACCACGCGGGCCCCAAUGCGGAUUGGUGGAUGUCACAUGUCUUCGAAUUUUUUGUUCUUGGACAUGCCGGUUUCCUCACGAUGUUUUCCUUCACCGUUUUGAAGAAUUCAGUUACCUUAUGUUAAUUAGUUUAAAUGCAUUUUAAUUUUUCACUUUCAUCCACUUUUUAGAAAAAUAACUGCAUAGGUACCUAAUUAUCUAGGUAGGUAUUAUAAUAUUACUUUUCAGUUUCUUAAAAAUCACUCAGAGUUAUGAAAAAUCAUAGGUAGGUACCUACAUUUAAUAUUCGUUGUUACGGUUAAAUUAUAACCUCAAAAUCUGACACUUUUUUUAAAAUAUAUCUAUUCUGCAGCUAGUCCGCUAUAAAAAAAAUCUUCUAGGAAUCAACUAAUGAUAGAGAAUACAAAACAUAAUUAUCAGAUGCUUUUGGCUCCAGGGCCAACAAUGUAUGGACGCAGAGCAAUGUCCUUUGGUUCCAAUCGAGUAAUUGUUUUAUAACACCUAAACAAACAUUUAAAUGAAAACAACUUUCAUAAAUCUGUUGGUUUUUUUUUUUUUGGAAUUUGAGCUAUUAUAUUAUGCCGGCAAGAUUUGUAGAACUAGAACAACAUCUGAGAGCAACAAUAGCAGUUUUACGAACCAAUUUACCAGUUAGUAUGGGAACCCGCUCGGCUGUCCCAUUUCAAAACCUAGCAAGGGACAUAUUUAAAAAAAAACGUGUUUUUACUGCAUGCUACUUAAAAGGUCGUUACGCAUGAAUUUGCAGUGUCAUUUUUUCCAAAAUACGCGUAAUAAUGGAAUUACAAACCUAGCAUGUCCACAUAGGUCACAAAAACUUGGUACCAAAACAAAUUCAAAACAUAUUAUGGCACAAUGACAAUAUUAAAACCUAGCAAGAAAUAGUCCCUUCCUAGGCUUUGAACUUGUUCUUGUGCCAUACUAGGUUUUGAAAAACGGCCGAAGCGCGAUAACUUUCGCGCCAUGUUUAGUAAGUCGCAGAGUGCGCACGUGAGUGGAUCGUUCGUGUUUGUUCUUGCAAUGUUUAUUGUUUACAAUGGCUCAAAGACAGUUUUAUCGUUCGUCAUUGAUGUUUAAAGCCUUAACGGCUAAGGAGGAUUGGUAAGUACAAAGAUUUUAGUAUUUUUUUCAUUAGGAAUUUGCGAUAAUUUAAGUAAAAUAUUUUCUAACCUCAAAACUUAAAAUAUUUUGAUAGUAUUGUAUUAUCUUAUGGAAAAAACGUGCCAAAUCUAUACUAAUUAAUUAAUUUGUGGGAUUAAAGCGUAAGCUGUAUGUAUGUAUCUAAACUAAUUCUACAAUCAAAUGUAUAUACAAGGCAAAGUAGAAAGAUUUGAUUGUUUAUUUUAAUGAAUAUUAUACCUUACUAACAUUUAAAUACUGUUCUAUAAAAAUUGCUAACUACCUAUGUUACCUACUCUAUUGUGUGUACAUAAGUAUGUUUUGUUUGUAAUGGUAAUAUAAUGUAACAAAAGCAAAGCUGCAUAUUAACCUCUUUGCAUAGUGUGAGCUGUUUGCUUUAUGAAUAUUGUUAUUUUUUCUUUUCAGCCAAAAAUGCAUCGCAAGCGAACCUGAAAACGACAACACUUCUGAAAAACAACACAUAGCUUUAUCAGAUGAUCCUAUACCAGGUCCCUCAAGAAUAUCAGCUGACAUUGACAACGAUAAUAUCUCUGAGAUAUCAGAUUUGUACGACAGCGAUGAUUCCGUGGCAGACUCAGACUUUUCAGUAAGUGAUUUAUUUAACAAUAAAUAUGUCACUACCAUCGAAUCCGACGACGAUCUGACAGAACUCAUUAAUUUUAUAGAAACUCCACAACCUACGAUUCGAUCAAUACUGCCAAAAUCGAAUGAAUCAAAACUUGAUGAAUCUAUUUUUAUUGCUACCUAUCCUAAUUCUAUUAUCUUCAAGAACCAACAACAGGCAGUGAGUUUCAACUCGCCUCAAACAAGUAUUAAAAGAAUUGACUAAUAAGAUACAUUUUAUAGCAAAAUAUCCAGGUCCUAUUAUAAUUAAUGGUGAAAAUUCUGAAGAAACUAAUUCUCAACUUUCUCAUAUCUUAACUCGAACAGAAAACAAUAAAAUACAGAGAAAUAAACUAAAGCAUUCAUUUCGACUGCAGCAAUUAACAUGGUCGGUACUACAUUUUGGCCAAUUUUGUUUUAUUGCAUUAGAAGCCUUGAAUACCUAUAAUCUUUCACCUCACAAAGUAUAAAAUUUCAAAAAGGACGUUUUCUGUGUUUUUCAAUUGGAAAAUAGUCGGAUGUUUUUGUGUCGCUCGAUUAACAAUGUAGGUAGUCAUGUUGCGACGCUCUUCACGGGGCGCGCGGGGGUUGAGGAGACUCGUGCGCCGCGCGGAUCUGGCAGUUUCCACUUAGUUAGCGGGGAGAGCGCACGCUCGUUGUCUCUCCGAUCAACUCGACCGUUACAAUGCAAUAUUGUUUAUUUUAAUGAUGUCUCGGUCUCGGCGAAUGUUAGAUUUGGUACGGCAACAUGUUCCGGAGCAAGAUAAUCCAUUAAAAACAAAUUUAAACGACACCGAGGUUCAAACACAGUCCGGUCAGAAGAGAAAAAGAGAAGAAUCCCCACUUCCAGAAGAAUUUCAAGAGGAUCUUAUACAGCUGCAAGACCUACUAGGAGAUGUGUUUACCGAUAGCUCCGUGAACCUGACAGAACACAUUCUUCUUGCCAUGGAUCAAGAAAUAUCAGCAUCAGUCGCUCCAGAAAUGUUGAGGUCAGAUAAAAACUUAGAUCUUCCAAACAUUCCUACACCUAUCGUUUCCAGUACGUCUCCACUAAAGGUAUCAAACAUCACAGAUCCUAAUUAUAACAAGGAUGGGGUACUCGACAUUCACGACAAUAGCCCAGACGAGAUUUUAAACACAACACCUAUGCCAUCACCUAUUCCACCACACGAUCAAAAUUGUGAAAAUCCGUUUUGUACUUGUUGUGUCGAUUGCAUAAUACCCCAGGUUGAUUAUGGAAACAUAGGAACACCAUCGGGUUAUUCAGAAGUUUCUACAGAUGUACCUACACCAUCUUCUACAGCCAGUUCCAGAAGGAAAACUCUUAAGACUGAUAGGGGAAAGAAACGCCUAGUUCAUAAAAAUAAUUGGAUUACAGUACAAAGAAAAUUGAAGAAAAACACCGGGGAACAGUUUUUGAACAAAAAAGGUAAGGUGGUUGAAGAGAAACAGUUGAAAGUACCGUGUACGGAUAAAUGCAGAUUAAAAUGUAAACAAAAGCUAUCUCAUGAACAACGUUUACGAAUCUUUAAAUAUUUUUGGCGUUUAGGUGAGAAGAAACGACAUUGGGAGUUUGUCAUAAAAUACACCAAUAAAAUUCCAAAACGCCGUCAAACAACUGAGGUUACAAAGCAUGAUAGACAAAACACAUUUCAAUACUUUCUUCCGGAUGCUGAUAAAAAUGCAGUUGUUGUUUGCAAGACAAUGUUUCUUAACACCAUAUCACUAAGUGAGCGUGUAGUAAGCACAGCAUGGAAAAAAUAUGACGGACAGUCUGUGGUAGAAGAAGAUAAACGAGGACGCUAUGAACAUGUGAAACGUGUUUAUAAUGACGACAUGGUUAAGAGUGUCUGUGAUCAUGUAAGAUGUUUACCUAUUGUCGAGGCCCACUAUGUUCGAAAAAAUUCCAGUAAGCUUUACUUAGAAAGCAUCGAAAGCAUCUCCCGUAUGUACAAGCUUUAUUGUGAAUGGUUUGAUUCCAGCAAAUAUUCUUCACAAGCAAGAACCAAAAGGCAAUACCGAGAGAUCGUUAGUUUGAAUUUUAAUCUAGCAUUACAUAGACCAAAGAAAGAUAGGUGCGAUAUAUGUCAUGUGUUUGAAAACAAAUCUUCACCUACUGAUGAAGAAAAACACGUAUUUUCUAAACAUCAAGUUCGGAAGAAGAAAGCCAGAGAUUUGAAGAAAGCAGACAAAGGAGAAGCGAAAACCAAUAGAACCAUCGUUGCAGCUACAUUUGAUUUUCAAAAAGUUUUAGUGACUCCUUAUAGUGAAGUGAGUGUACUAUACUAUAAAAGGAGACUGGCUACCUUAAAUUUCACCGUUUAUGAUCUGAUUAGCAACGUAGGUACUUGCUACAUGUGGCAUGAUGGUAUUGCUAAGCGAGGAUCUGUAGAGGUGUCUAGUUGUCUUUUAGAUUUUAUCAAACAUCACGUUGAAAGAGGUGUUAAAGAAUUCCGAUUUUGGUCUGACAACUGCGCUGGACAGAACCGCAAUAGAAUUGUUUUUUCGCUCUAUUUGUUUGUGGCUAAAAAAUUCGGAGUAACUGUCACUCAUCGUUUCCUUGAAAAGGGCCACACACAAAACGAAGGAGACAGUGUCCAUUCUACAAUCGAGCGAGCUUGCCGCCAUAAGUCAAUUUGGGUGCCCGAAGAAUGGUAUUGCUUAGCUCGAUGGGCUAAAUCCGAAGGCACCCCUUACAUAGUAAAGGAGAUAAAACAAGAGGAAAUCUUCGAUUUUAAAACCCUGCUUGCUAAUAAAAACUGGACUAAAAAUACGGCGAAUCAAAAGGUUAUGUGGACUACCAUAAGAGAAAUAAAAGUUAAUGCUGAACAGUUUGAUCGUAUAGAGUACAAGUACGAUUUUGAUGAUGAGCCAAAGACAAUUAUCGUAAUAAGGGCGGGAAAACGGAACCAACAACGUUUGGCAAACGAAUUUGAUUUGAAACGGGCUUAUGACGGACAUUUACCUAUCAGCAAAGACAAAUACAAGGAUUUGACAGAUCUCUGCAGAACGGGAAUUAUACCCGAUCGUUUUCAUAGAUUUUAUUUCAACUUACCUAACACAGAUGCUGCAAAUUUGGUUAAUUCUCAAGAUGAUGAUGAUGACUCGGAGUAAUUUAGUAGGUAGAUAUAGGGUUAGUUGAUUGUGCCAUAAUAAUUAUAAUGAUUCGACUGUGAUUCCUGAGAAAGUAGAUUGGUAGUUAGAAUUAAGAAGAAUAAUUUGUGUUAUGUUCAUUCCUAAGAGAAAAGACUGUUUAAGUUUAAUAUUGUUAUUAGAUGCAAAAAAACAAUAUUUUAGUCAUUAUUACCUACCUAUGUCAGAAUACCUAUUAGAAUUGCAGUAUUUAUUUGAUCAUUUUUGUUUUUAGAAAUUUUAGAAGUUCUUUGUUUAAGUUAAGUGUUGAUUAGUUAAGAAAAGUUAAUUACGUUAUUGUUGUGUUUUGGUUUUUUUAUAACUAAGAAUGCCCAAGAAAGUGCCUUAGUUUAUGAAACUUUUACCACGUCUUAAUAUGCGUUUUGAUAGUUCCUAUUCUUUAUUGUUAUUUAAGUACCUGAUACAGAUUUAGUGGUACUUACUUGUCAAUUAUUAAAGUAACCAUUUGAUUAAAAACAAAAAUUUGUUUUCAUUGCUUGACCAUAAUCCUAGGUGUUUAUGAAAUAAUGUCCUGGGAGUGAAUGUUAACAAAUAUGUACUCUCAAGCUUUGUUAGCAAUAUCUGCCAGAUACAAAACAACAUGGUAUAAGUGACCGGGACAAAGCAUUGCUGUGGUAGGUAGCAGACGUAGUUGUGCCGAACAAGAUAAGAAAUAUUUUGAAAAUUUUGUAAGCUUUAAAACCUAAAUUAUAGCAGAUUUUUAAUUGAUAAUAGUUGGUCAUAUAUGUAGUAUCUACAUGAUAGUGAAUAGAAUGUGCGGUUAACAAUGUAUGUUUUCCCACUUCCAACAUAGUCGAUAAUUAAAAUUCCAAUAAAUAUUGUAGGAUAUACCACAUCCGACAAAAUCGAUCAAUACAACUCCAAUUAAUAAUGUAGGAUGUCCCAUUUCCGACAUUUUAGUAAGAUGUUCAAGCGGUUAAUAAUGUAACAUGUGCCUUUUUUCAGGUUUCCUGAACAUAAUUGGAGUUUUUUUCUUAAUUAUCUUAUAGAGUACUUAAAACUAUUUCAUCAUACCAAAUAUUGUAAUAAUCCCCGGUUUUAGGUUGAUUUAAUUCAUCUUAGAAACUUAAUCUGGCCGUACUGAAAAAACGUACUUUUUCAAUUCCGACUUUGUUAAUUGCUGCAGUCGAUUUAUAGAAGAGAUGUGUGGAAGUGGCUGUAAAAGAAAAUGCAAAUUAUUUACAAUAGAAGAAGUACUUUAGUACUUAAGUUUUUUAAAACAGAAAGUCGAUAUUAUUAUUUAACAAUUAAGGUAAUGAAGCUCUCAAUGUUUGUCGAAAUUUCUUUUUAAAGACCCUUGGACUUAAAACCGAUGCAGUAGUUACAGAAUUGAGUAGAGCCAUAAAGCGUAAAGCCUUUUACGAAGAUGUGAAAGAGAAUAGAGGAGGGAAGAAAAAGCGCUUAAAUAGAAACGUUAUUAUGGAUCACAUUUUAAGCUUUAAUCCAGCUGUUAGUCAUUAUAGACGUCGUAACGCUCCAUUAGCACGAUAUUUACCACGAGCAUUAACUCUUAAUUUUAUAUUUAAUGAUUUCAAAAAGAAAAAUUCUAACGAAAAUAAAUGUUCAAAAGAAAUAUACCACAUUGGAACUAAUUAUGAAAAAAGUUAGGUUGUGUCUAAAUGAGGAUUUAGUACCCAAUAAUAUUGGUGUAAACCAUAUAAAUCAUAAUGAAAUAGCCAACAGAAACUUGAGAGUUCCGCAAGCAUUAUUAGGUGGUACUGAAGAGCCUAUAACUGGAGAUAGGCCUGCAAUUGCAAUUUUUGAUGGGACUUACAUAUACUUGCAGAAAAGUACAAACUAUAUGUUUCAAAAAAAGACAUAUAGUUUGCACAAAUAUGACAAUUUGAUAAAACCAUUUAUGAUAGUGUCUUGUGAUGGUCACAUCAUUGAUGCUGUAGGGCCCUAUGCUGCCACCCAAACCGAUGCUGACAUAAUGACUAGUUUGUUUGCAAAUGAAAAUGGACAGUUCCGGAGACUUUUUAAGGAAAAUGACAUUUUUGUUUUAGAUAGGGGGUUUAGAGAUGCCAUCCCUUUACUGGAAAAUUGUAAUUACAGAGUAUUUAAACCUGAAUCGUUAGAUGAAGGAGCAAGUCAACUCACAUUUUCACAAGCUAAUAAAAGCCGUAAAGUGACACUAUGCAGAUGGGUUGUGGAAGUCGUGAACGGAAGGUUUAAGAGAGAUUUUAAACUGUUCAGACAAAGAUAUUUUAACAAUGCUUCAACACAUUUAAUGGUUGAUUUCAGAAUUGCUGGGGCGCUAUUAAAUAAAUUCCACCCUGUUAUAAGGGACAGUUCUAACGCUGAACACAUUAUUCAAAGAGCAUUUCGUUAUAUGGAAGAGCCUAAUCAUCUUGGCCAAUUCAUUAAUGAAUUUAAUUUAAAUAGGAGACGAGUUAUGUUUACUCGUAUUGAUGGUAAUUUACCUCAACUUAAUAAUUUACCAGUUUUUACAUACAAUGAUUUGAUAUUGUUUGCACUUGGCCCAUAUCAAGUGAAACAAGCGCGUUCUUACUUCGGUGAACAUGUUAGGGAGAAUGGUACAUAUGUUGUUGAAGUGUGUUCCGAACUGGAACAUUCUCAUGAAAUGAUAAUACGGGUUGGUGGCAAUAAUCCUCGUCUAUUAAGAAGUCGUAUUAAGUCUCGUCAUGUUUCCCAGAGAGUUUACUUUUCUUAUGUGUUAUAUGACACUGAACACAAUAGUGAUUCAGUUUUAGAUGCUAUUUUAGGAUAUUAUUGUAAUUGCCUGGUAGGGAACAGGACCGUUGGUUGUUGUUGCCAUGUUAUGACAAUAAUUUGGUACCUUGGUUGGGGAAGACACCAAAACAAUAUUCAAGCUCCAGCAGGAUUUUUAGAUAACAUAUUAUUAACAAUUCAAGAACAUUAAACUAAAAUAAUAUAAUUACAUGUAUAACGGCACAACCCAUAACCUAAAAUGCUUGUUGUUUUGUAAGUUGUCUGAUUAUGUUAAAGUGGUUAUUUCCACAAUGUAUGAAGCACAACAAAUCUACAAUAUCUUAUACUUUAUGCUGGUUAGUGUAGGUAUGAAAUAUUAAUGUUCUGUUUUAUUAAAGCUGACUGGUUGACCUGAAACUUGAUUAACACUCGCUCAUUGCUGUAAUGUAUAUUAAGUUAUCUAGGUAAGCAUUUUAGAUAGAUAUAAGUAUAAUAAUCUAUAAAAAUGUAUUAAUUUAUUUUCUGAAAUAAAUAAAUAUACUCUUUUUUUA